AUGAGCAAGUACGGCGUGAUGGUGAUGGGCCCCGCGGGUGCGGGAAAGUCCACCUUUUGCGCAUCGCUUAUCACACAUCUCCAACUCAACCGACGCUCUGCCUUCUACGUGAACCUCGAUCCCGCCGCCGAAUCGUUCGAACACACACCCGAUCUCGACAUCAAGGACCUGAUAUCGCUGGAGGAUGUGAUGGACGAGAUGAAGCUCGGUCCCAACGGCGGCCUGAUCUACUGCUUCGAGUUCCUCAUGGAGAACCUCGACUUCCUGACUGAAGCGCUGGACUCGCUGACGGAGGAGUACCUCAUUAUCUUCGACAUGCCCGGACAGAUCGAACUCUACACGCACAUUCCGAUCCUUCCUACCCUCGUCAAGUUCCUCACAACGCCCGGCGCCCUGGAUAUCCGAUUGUGCGCCGCAUACCUGCUCGAAGCCACCUUUGUCGUCGAUCGUGCGAAAUACUUUGCGGGUUCCUUGAGCGCGAUGAGUGCCAUGAUCAUGCUGGAAGUCCCACACAUCAACAUCCUCAGCAAGAUGGACCUGGUGAAGAAUCAAGUGAGGAAGAAGGACCUCAAGAAGUUCAUUACACCGGAUACCUCGUUGCUGCUUGACGAUCCGGCGGACCUGGCCAGGAAAAAGGCCGGCGAGGACAUCCCGGAUGAGCAGUACGCCGAUCCCCAGGACAAGAAUGCUAUGAUGUCUGGCGCCUCGUUCAAGCGCCUCAACACAGCUGUUGCGCAGCUGCUCGAAAGCUUCGCCAUGGUCAGCUACCUCAAGCUGGAUUGCACCGACGAGGACAGUGUCGGGUCGAUCCUCAGCUACAUUGAUGACUGCAUACAGUACCACGAAGCGCAAGAACCACGGGAGCUGAAGGACGAAGAGUUCGAUGAGCCUGAGGAAUAG